CCGCCUAAAUAAAAUGUCAGGGCGGAGGUGAACGUAGUGGAAAGGCUCAGCUAAUGACAGCCGGGAGAAAGAAAAGCGGGCGCAACAAAACGAAAGUUUUGUUGUGAAAGUUAGUUUGGCUGCGUCUUCCGCUCGCUUGACAGUCGUUUCUGGGAAGCGCUUUUCGGAGACUCAGACUUCAAGAGGAGUUUGAAGUGUGAUAUAAACCAAGAAUCAGUUUGAGCUAGGGGUUAAGGAAUCAGCUAGAAACCAAGAAAAGUAAAUUCUUAUGGAAUCUAAUCCUGCAAGUCAUGGUGAAGGUGGGAGCAAUGCAGAUUUUCAGAAAGGUUCAAGCAAUGCCUCCUCUGAGGAUCUGGAAGCAGAAAACAUCUCCUUUAAAAAGAAGAGACGUUGGAGGGUUGUCAUAUAUGACAGUGAUGAAAGCAGUGACAGCAACAUUCCUAGGAAAGUGAUUGCUAAAGACAGGAGAGUAAUUAGUGAAGACGACUUAUCUGUUGGUGAGGAGUCACCCGCAUCCCCAGAAAACAAAGCAGCCAAUAGAAAACAAGGAAGACAACAAAAGAUACCAGAAUUCUUUGACCAGCAAUCUGGAAAAGCUGGCAAAGUCAAUCAACAUGAUGAGGAUGACGACGACAAAAUUACAACCGCCUCUUCCUCCUCGUCAUCCUCAUCCUCAGAAAAAAAUCCCAAGUCCACUUCAAAAGAAGAUGGAAAAGAAGAAGAGACCUCCCUACUUAGGAAAAGUCAUGGUGAAGCGAUCGCUAAAGGCAGGAGCGUAAUUAGCGAAGACCCAGAAAAGAAAGCAGCCAAUAGAAAACGAGAAAGACAACGAAAGCUGCAAGAACUCUCUGACCGGCGAUCUGGAAAAGCUGGCAAAGUCAAUCAUCAUGAUGAGGGAAGUGCGGAUGAUCCCUUGAUUCAACAUGAUGGUCACUCACCCCUUCCACAAGAGGAAAUAGGUGUUAUAUCUAAUGAAGAUGGUGAUGAAGGAGGAAGAGGGGGAGGUGAAGAAGGAGAAGGGGGAGAUGAGGAAGAAGAAGAGGAAGAGGAAGAAGAAGUGGAGGAGAGAGAUCAUGUGGUCAGUAACUUAUUGAAGAAACACGUUCCAUUCGUGUCUGAGUCCGAUCGUUAUGCACACUUUCAAAGAGUUGUAAAAGCCUUUCUCAUCAAUGCAAUCGAUGAUACAUUUCUGAGCUCCUUAUAUGAAAAAAGAAGAGAAAAGAAAUAUGCGCGGGAAAUGCUAAAUUCCCUCUAUCAUUUUGAUGAACGCUUUAUUCAACCUUAUCUUGAAAGUGUAGUUUCACAACAUUUCUGCAAAGAACCAUAUAAGAACCAAUUAGACAAUUACUCUGAUAUCUGCAUAAUUUCGCAUGACAUUGAGAGGCGUAUUUGUCAAGCCUGUAAGCUAAUGAGAGACUGUCGGUUCGUAGUGACUUUUUCUGGAAAACAGUACUGUCCUAGAACACUGAAAGUGGAUGAUUUCCUGAAAGAUAACACACAGAGGUUUGAGGUUGGAAUUGUAUGUCAAAGGCGUACCAAGGUUUACCAUGAACUGAAGCAUUAUAAAUAUAAGUUGUAUCAGAAAUGCUGUAGAGCUAUACAAGAACAAUAUCUUCAGGAUGAAAAUGGAGAUGAAAAUCUUCAAGAUGAGCCAGUCAAAGAUUUAGUGAAACGAGUUUUUGGAAAACUGGAGGAAGAGGGCUGGAUACAUACGCAAUAUUCUGAACUUGAAAGAUGUCACAAUGAAGUAGAAAAUUUCCAUACAUUUUUGAAAAACUUUAAAGAGAAUAUAUGUUCAUUUGAGCAAUAUUACUGAUCCGUUUUUACUUCUAUAUCAUAUUUCUGAUAUUAUUCUUUUUUAUUUACGGUUCACUGUAGCAUGCAAAUAUAUGUGCUACAUUUCUUUUUUUCCUAUUUUAUUUUAAUUAUCAAAAUAAUCUUCCAAAUCAAAAUUUUUAUAAAAGAAAACCCUUGAGGACUGGAUCACUCAUCGAACUAUUCUCAAAUCAAACUGCACCUUUAUUCAAGAAAUGAAUUUUUCUGCGCUGUGUUACACAAGCACUUUCUUCAAAGACAACAUUUUCUGUGUUGCUUUUUGACGCUUUUGGUAGCAUAUUUUCUACAAACUCUAUCAAUAUUUAGUUUAAUAUUUUUCAAACAAUCUUCCUAAAACUUGCACUUUUGUGCUCCCUGCAGAUAUAGGAUUCAAGGAUUUUAUUGCCAGUGGCAUAACUGUCAGAGGAAGAAACUUAGGAAGGAACUGCCCUAAUUUUUCAGGCAGUUAAAAGUGAAGGCAGGAAAUUUGUACCUUCAGACUUGCACAAUAUCUGUUAAUGUAGCCUUACAAUAAAGUAGAUUUAGCUGAACUAA